AUGUUAACUUUGCCUAUGUACUGGAAUCCACACAAUCAUGUACAAACUGUGCAACUCCAAGUCUUAAGAACUGAACGUGAAACAAGGACCAGAAAAUUAAAAGCUUAUGAUACAAUAACAGCAAAGACAAAAAAUGAAAGAGCACGAAACCUUGCUAAACUGAUAUUUGGUGUUCAACAUAAAGAUCUUUUUCAAGUUGAUUAUGGUGAAAUAGAUGAAGAUGAGGUUAAACUAAAACGCACUUUUACAGUUAAGGCUAUUGAUCAAGGACAAAUACCCAGAGAUAGUUAUCGAGUAAUUACAUCUUUAUCUAAUGAUCUUGUUAAAGAAUGA